GUCUUUUUACUUCUGACUUGCCUUUAAAAAAUGUGCUUCAAAGACACAGCAGACGGCGAGCCGUCAUAAAGAGCCUGUCACCGUUGUCCAUUUCUGUAGCGGCUCGCUCUCACGCCUCUUUCUUCCUGGUCCGGGCGCAACCCCCAGUGGACGCGUUCGGACCAGCCAUGGCACCGAAGCGGCGCCGAGACGAAGCUGAGAAGGCGGAGGAGGAGAAAGACCACACAACGUCGACCAAAUGCGGUCUAGCUGGACUUCUGUCUGAGAAGAUAGAAGCCGAUGGCGUGGCGGUCACGCGCGAGGAAAGCCUCGCUGCCGUUGACUUCUUGGUCGCGGCCCUCACCAGGCUGCGCUUUGAGGCGCUGUGCCUGCUAGGGCUGGUAGCGGUCCGCAUGUGCGAGGACGCACGGCGAGAAGGUCAAGGCCUGCAGCCGCACUGCGCAACGUGUCGCCGGCUUCGGAAGACGGAGCUGGUGGAGGACGACAUGUACGCGGCGAUCUGCGCUGUGUCGGUAGCAGCUAGCAGGGCGUGGGGCUGAGGGUGCACGUGUUGAUUGGCGGCGAGUGACGUGACUAGUUUGUUAGCUGCGGGUUAGCACGGACUGUGCACCCCACCCAACCGGCCACGUCCGGAUUUGCGGGGAUGCCAAAGGCCCCCAACAUAGAGGCGUGUGCUUAGUAGGCGCCCGCUUCAAGGUGGCUGGGUUGAUAACGACCCGGGAUCAGCCCUUUUCCUGCCAUAAGGCAGCCACCUCCUUGUUACUUCUGACUUGCCUUGCCGAUGAUGGGCCUGCGAUGGGGGCCCCUGCGAUGAGGCCCCCGAGCGACUUCAAGAAAGGGGGCCAUCGCUCACCUGACCUGCAAAGCGAAAAUGGCACUCUCACUUCACCGUUCCACACUAGGUCGCUGCGCUGUGCAGCGCGCGCAGCCUGCGCGGGUGCGCAUGCAGGCGCCCCGCCCUCGCGUUCAGCCUUGCCGCGCCAUCGAGAUUGACUUCAGCGACCCUGACACCCAGAUCAGUCUAGCGGGUAUGGUUCUGGGCCUAGUUGCUGGCCUUGGAGCUCCUUUCUGGUACAUCAACCGGGCGGAGAAGGAUGAGGAGCGCCUAGAGGAGCUGCGCGCGCUGAACCGCGCGACGUUUGCCGAGACUGGCGAGUACAUGUCCGAGGACGAGAUUUCCAAGAUCCGGAAACCAAAGUGGACCGACCGCCGCGAGUGGCAGGACGACGAUUAGUUGGUUUCGCCCCCUGGAGCUCCGGAGUGGCCAUUCAUCGGCUGGCCUUUUGUGUGGCCUGCGAAUGACGCUUCGUACUGGUUGUUCUUGUUUGGUUCGGACGCUGUUUCGCUGCCGCCGGCCCAUCAAUUUUCGAGCGGUAGCGCACGGGCCUGUCAGGGUGCGCUGACUGCGUGGCGGCGGCAGCAGGCGUGCCUGCUGUACCAUAUCCUGUAUGGACUUUUUGUUGUGGACUUCGUUAUGCAGUUGCAGAGAGAUAUGAAUGCAAUACACUGCGCGUAUGAGCACAAGGCCUAGGGCCCGUGGCAGGCAAGACAGGCCCGUGGCCCGUGGCCCGUGGCAGGCAAGACUUAGAAAGGCAGCCCGCAUGUCGUUGCGAUGUCACAAGGGUGCGGGCCGAUCUGUCUGUGAGGGCCUGCCUGGACUAGCAUGCAGGAGGCGCGUAGUCGGUGAUGCACAAUGGCACCGAGAUGGGAUUGCCGAGAGGUGCGUGGUGCGGGGCAUGUUGUAACAUGCAUGCGCA